AUGUAUAUGUGUAUCAUUUUGCUACCUAUAACAACAACAAUAAUAAUAAUAAUAAUAUAUUGGUUAUUAUAAGAAUUAAUGCUACAUUUCUCAUAAUGUAAUUGUACAGGCAAACAUUAUUAACAAUAUAAUAAUAAUGAAAUAAAUAAUAUAUAAAUAAUGAAAACAAUAACCAUGAUGAGAUGAUAAAAGCCCUAUAAUCUGAACUCAAGCUUUUUGUUUUCAGUUAAUUUAAAGACAUUUUCAGACAAAAUACAGUAAAUGUUUUGUGUUGCCGUCAAGAGUAGGCUGGUUAGCUAAAAAAGAAAAAAAAACAAUUCCAGUUAUUUAUAUGUAUGUGUGUGUAUUUUUUUUAUGUAUAUUUACUAUUUAAAAAAUGUUCACGGUUCACUCGUUUUUAAAACAAGUUAUGGCUGUUGAGCAUGUUACGCAGCUUUAAAUAGUUUGGGGAGAUUCAGCCCCUCACGCAUAUUCUCCUCCGGGGUGGGGCUGAAAUCAGACUAAAGGCCACCUGGGGUUAGGUGACCUUUGAUCCCAUUUCAGCCCCACCCCGGAGGAAAACAGGGUCUCUGUCUCAACGUCUCCGCAGAGUGUAGCGCCGACUGCUUGGAAGUUUCUAGUGAUCCCGAAGAGCUUGAUUAUCUGGAUCAGGUGUGUUUGACUGGGGUCGGAGCUAAACUGUUCAGAGCUGUGGCCCUCCAGGAAUUGUGUUUCACACCGCUGCAAGUUUUAAAACGCUGGUUUAAACUGUGAUUCUAUGCGCGCUACUUACCAACAGCAAAAUUAUAAUUUGAGUUAUAAUAUUUGAAGAAUUAGGAAACACCAAGAGUGAGAAAAGAAAAGCAGUUUAAUGCCUAAUUCUUUCAUUUAUAAAUAAUAAAUAGAUAAAACAUAAAAAUCCUGAUAUGAACAGCUUGCCUACCUGCCACUGAUUGCAGAGUUUUUGCAGAAAAAAGAUGUAAAGGUUUGUUAAAUUAUUUUCUGAUAGCUGCUUCAAACGAACAUUUAUAGUAGAAUGAUCACGAAGUAAACGAGAUCCGGUGGUGAGAAAGAAAAGCUGACGUAUUCAAAAAUGGAUAAUUACUAUUUAGAGCUAUUGAUUGGUAGAUUUGGUACUAGAUUUUAACUUCUAGAUGGAGCGGUCAGUCUUGCUUAGUAUAGUGAAGUCAAUAAGUACAGCAUCAGAGGACUAGCUUGCUGCAUAUAGAUUUUAACCAGGAUUGUAUCCGUUUUUGUGUAACAAUGAACUACUCUGAGGGACGGUGUCUCAGACUGGGUUUCAAUUAUAGCAGCAGACUUAAUGUGGAAUAGUUCAUUUUGGUUAAAAAUACUUUUUAAAAUAUAUAUUAAGUAUAGAUUAUUAACUUCUGGACUAUGGAGUCCUGAACUAAAAUUAAACGUAUUUUUAAAAUCACCUUUGCUAAUCUGAAUUAGCAUGAGAGAGGUUGCCUGUAAAUCACGGAAGAAGACAUUUUAAUUGAAAGGAACUGAGAAGCAAAUCCAAGGGAAACAACAGCAGCACAAAAAAGACUGCGAUCAAGAACAAAAACAGACAAACAAAAUGUUACUAAACAAAAAAAUAAAUGCCUAGGCAUAUAGGAAGAGUAAUGAAUCUUUGCAUAUGUUAGCUGUUGUCUGUUUUGCAACAUUUUAUUAUUAUUCAUUAUAUUAAACAUAAAGCAGCUGUGAGCAGAAAAAGAGAGAAAGUCUUGGUCAGAAUUAUAUUGGCACCCAAAAAUUUAAAUUUUAAUAAUUCCGUAUUGUUUAUCCUUUUGAUGUUUCACUGAUAAAAUAAAAUAAAUAAAACAAACAUUUGACAUUCUAAAAAUAUUUUGUCUUUAAUAAGCAUUGGUCACUGGAAUAUAAAUAUGAGGAACACAAAGGCCAAAUCCUCUUUAUCAUCUAUUACAAUAAAAAAGAAACAACACAGUUCUGUUGUGUAGCAACAAAUUGAAAAUGCAAAAUAUGAAGUCAAAAAUAGCACAAAAUGGUGGUAAAUAAUAAAAAAACUAAAAAGCUGAAGCGUUGAAUAUUUUCGUUAAGCAUUACUUAAGGAUGAGAUUCAAUUACAAACAAUUACAAUUAUAAACCUGCCUACAAUCCAUUGUCUGUGUCUAUUGUCUUACUAAAGUCUCUCUGAAGGAUCACAGCUGGAUAGUUGCAGACAAUAGUUAAGUCUUGGGGGCAGAAGGCUUUAUAAUGGUCCGUGGUUGGAUCUUCCAGUAGAACAAUGAUCCAAAAGGACCGUCUAGCCUUUCUCCAGGAAAUCAGCCGACUAAAUUCUAGACUAUAGGCUAAGUCUGAAACUAUUUUAAACCAUAGCAGAGAAAGCAGAUUUCUGUUAAUCUGGUUUAAGGGGCCAUUUUAGUCUUAAUCUCUGUCUGGGAAACCGCCCCUGACAGUUCUUUUACUUCUCAUAUUUUAACACAGGAUAUCUUUAUCUGUCUGCUACAAACGUCACUCAAAAUGAUAACGAUAAAGCAGAUUUGAAGAACUGGCUUUGAAUAGAAAGAGUUACAUUGUUGCAAGCAGUUUUAAAAGCAUGACAGAAAAGAAUAUUUAACAAAAAGAUCCCUUUACUUGCAUGUUACCCAUCUGCUGCAUUUUAUCAUAAAUUCAUACAGCUAAGCUGCCUGCAUGAAAUAGUCAAGACAACUCUUACCCUCGAAACCUCUGUUUGUUUUUCUGUCUGUCUAGGCAUGCUGAAAAAUCAAGAAAAUAGAAAAAGCCUUCAAUGGGGAUUGGUUUUGUUACAACUCUCCACACCCCUGUCAGGUAUGCUUCAAAAUGCUGCUGGAACACACAAAGGUGGCGAUAACUGGAAAAGUCACCAAAAUCAGUACCAAGAAGAAGAGCCUUCAACCUUUUCCAGCUUGCAGAUAAAGGCCAGAGGAAGCUGUUCAUCUCUGCUCUCAGGAAAACCCAUGGCUACCAAGGUUGCCUUGGGCAGUGAUUUCAGAGGUUCUCGCUCAUCUCACAAUCAAAACUCCACUCUACAACAGCAGACUGCCAGUGAAAACGCAAGCAAAGAUUUCAGACAGCACAGACCGUCAGUACUACGCAAAGGCAACCAGCCGUUUCCACAAGCUUGCGGUGUUCAUGACUGGGUUGUGGACGCUGUGUGUAAGACAGAACCUGACAGUGACCUCUCAGACCCCGUGCCGCUUUACACCAACCAGUCUGAAAGUCCUCAGCCCGGCAGCACAGGGCAUACUGGGAAGCAUGCAUACAGUGUUCCAGUUGGCUUUCUGUGUGUUAAAGGACAAUGCGGAUGGCCUGGUUGCUCAAAGAGCAAAGAAGUGUUCAAAGAAUAUGGAUAUUUCUUAAAACACCUUGCUACUGAGCAUGCUCCAGGGGACAGAAGUAUAGCCCAGCUGAGGAUGCAGAAAGACAAAGUACAAUACAUGGAGAAUCAGUUGACUGCAGAAAGACAGAAACUGCAGGCUAUGCAGUUACACCUGUUUGACAUCAAAUCUACCUCUGAGGAUGGUAACAGUGCAGAAAAGUCAGGACAUAUGUCAGAACUCCUGCAACCUGCAGCAUGUCAGAACGCAAAUGCAGUUUACGACAGUGACAGAGCGGCAGCUGAAGCGCUAACACAAGGAUACUGGCAGAUCUCUACCUCUCAUGUUAUACCAGGGAUUAUCCCCAGUUUUGAGUAUUAUAAGUUCACAAACAUGAGGCCACCUUUCACCUACGCCUCCAUGAUACGAUGGGCGAUACUGGAGUCCCCAGAAAAACAACUUACUCUGAAUGAAAUCUAUCACUGGUUUACCCGCAUGUUCUUCUACUUUCGUCACAACACUGCCACAUGGAAGAAUGCUGUUCGGCAUAACCUCAGUCUUCAUAAGUGCUUUGUGCGUGUUGAAGGAAGAAAAGGUUCUGUUUGGACUGUGGAUGAAGAGGAAUUUAUGAGAAGAAAAGGACAAAAGUUUCACCGGGAUCAGGAUAUGGGCUGGAUGGCACCCUUUCACGUGUUUCCUGUGACUCCACAAGGUGAAACUUAUCCGAUGCGAGGCCCAAAUGGACUCUCUUGAAGAGAUUACAAUUGGAUUUUAACCACUAACAAUAUUAACAAAUGUAUUAAGAAUGGUUUAAAAUUGUGGUUUUAAACAUAGCUGGCAGUCCAUUUUAGACCUAAUUAUUUUUUCUUUUCUUUUCUUUCUUUUUUUUGAAGAAAAAUGUAUAUGUGUAAGGAAUUAUAAAGUUUGUCUAACCCAAAGAUAAAAUUAAGUAGUGGGUGUUCAACAAACUUUUCACUAUCCUUCUUGCAUUUAAAUGUACCGAUAAUACAGGUAUGUUUUUAAAGAGCUUACAAUUGUAUAUCAAUAAUGAUACUAAUUGCAUCGUAUGUAAAUACAUUUAUUAUGGUACUUAAUUUAAUAUUCCUAACUGUACAUUUUCUCUCUUCUGAAUUAGUGCCUUAAAAUAUGCUGUUCAAAUAAAGGCUCAAAUCGAAACGUAAU